ACCAGAACGAUCUGUUUGCGCCCACAUACUUCCCGUUUCGAAUUGUUUCCUUGACUGAAAUUACAACCGUACAAUGCAGAACAACGUAAAGGGCAUAUUCGAUAGCUUCAACGAUUAUCUCGUGAAGGAGCAGGAGUUGCGUACUGAAAUACGCGACAUCGUGCGAGACAUUGAUCAGGCAGCGAAGGAAGCCGCCAUUGCACUGCAGAUUAUUCACAGCAGCAUGGCAGACGUACCGGCGGCCUGCGCUAAGGCACGGACCAUCUUUGAAACUUGCUGGGAAGGUUAUGGGAAGCUGGCCGCACUGAUCCCGGUGGGACAGUACUACCGGUAUCACGACCAUUGGCAUUACAUGACGCAGCGAAUCGUGUUUUUAAUCGCGCUCACGGUUUAUCUCGAAAAAGGGUUUCUCGUUAACCGGGCAACGGCUGCUGAAAUUCUCGGUCUUACUGUAGAUCAAAAGAGCGGAUUCCAUCUAGAUAUCGAAGAUUACCUAGUGGGUAUUUUGCAACUCGCAUCAGAGCUGAGCCGCUAUGCCGUAAACUCCGUCAUUAUGGGUGACUACGAAAAGCCGCUCAUGAUCUCAAAGUUUGUUGCCGAUCUCAACUCGGGCUUCCGGCUGCUGAAUCUCAAGAACGAUUCACUUCGCAAGCGCUUCGACGCGCUGAAAUACGAUGUGAAGAAAAUUGAGGAAAUAGUGUACGACAUAAGCAUACGGGGAUUGCGUACCGAAGCGACGCCGCCAGCCGCACUAUCCGUACCGGCAGCCGAGCCGCACGUAGAGCAAGCGAAACAAACAUAAUAAUUUUGUACUCUUUACUUUGCUACACAUUGCGCGUUACGCAACUUUAUGUCCACGACAGUUCACAUAUUGUUCAGUGCAUCGAAGCACACGACUUAUUCCAGGUUUGAAUUUGUGUUAGUAAGAACUGAGUUUGAUUUUUGAAAUAAACAUAUACUUAUACUGUAUAAC